AUGUUUAUCAUCUCACUCCUGCAAGAUAUCCUCAGUGUGGAGCCUUCCCUUCUGGGGAGGCCCCUGGAGCCAGUGCUGCGGGAGGCCAUAGCCCUCAAGUACACAAACAAGGUGUUGAGGGACCUGGGCCUUUUUGUAUGUCUUUAUGACAUAACGGAAAUCACUGGGGCCCCCAUUCUCUUGUCAAGCGGGAAAGCUCGCUACAAUGUUUGCUUCAAGGCAGUUAUCUUCAGGCCCUUUAUAGGGGAAGUUCUUCAGGGAAUUGUCUGCGAGUCUUCUCCUUCCGGAAUAGCAGUGGACAUGGAGUUUUUUAAGGACGUGAAGAUCCCGGCCUCGAACCUGAGGGAGCCGAAGGCCUGCGAAGAGCCAGCAGCAGCAGCAGCAGCAGCAGGAACUGCAGCAGCAGCAGCAGCAGCAGCAGCAGAAGGCAAAACGCAAGCUGCUGCUGUUUGGUCCUGGUGCUUCGAAGGCCACAAACUCACUUAUGAGUUGGGGGCCCCCAUUCGCUUUCGAGUAGCAGAUGUGGUUUUCGCCAGAGAAGAAGCUCAAAAGAAAUUCACUCUUGUGGCGACCGAAGAAACCUACGUGCCUCCCAUGGUCAUCAUUGGGGAAGCAAACGCAGACGGCCUCGGCAUGCUGUCUUGGUGGCAGUGA